GCCUUUCGGUUUUUGGGCUCAGUAUGUGUAGUGCGUUCGCGGCGGCUGGCUGGAUGAAAAGGCUUGGUCCAGGGAGCCGGAGAGAGAAGAAGAAAACUCGAGCUUCAACCCGGGCAGCGAGAUGGACGUUCUGAAAUCGGAGAUCCUCCGGAAGUGGCAGCUGGUGGAGGACAGGAACCUGUUGGUGGAAAAUAAAAAAUAUUUCAAGCGUAGUGAACUUGCAAAAAAAGAAGAGGAAGCAUAUUUUGAAAGAUGUGGCUACAAGAUACAGCCAAAAGAGGAGGACCAGAAACCAUUAACUUCAUCGAAUCCAGUAUUAGAACUUGAACUGGCAGAAGAAAAAUUACCCAUGACUCUUUCUAGGCAAGAGGUUAUCAGGAGAUUAAGAGAAAGAGGAGAACCAAUCAGACUCUUUGGAGAAACUGAUUAUGAUGCUUUUCAACGUUUAAGAAAAAUAGAGAUCCUCACACCGGAAGUUAACAAGGGAUUGAGGAAUGAUCUGAAAGCAGCUUUGGAUAAGAUUGAUCAGCAGUACCUGAAUGAACUUGUGGGUGGCCAGGAACCUGGAGAGGAAGACACCCAGAAUGAUUUGAAAGUUCAUGAAGAAAACACCACAAUUGAAGAGUUAGAGGCACUGGGAGAGUCUUUAGGAAAAGGUGAUGAUCAUAAAGACAUGGACAUCAUUACCAAAUUCCUUAAGUUUCUUCUUGGUGUUUGGGCUAAGGAGCUGAAUGCCAGAGAGGAUUAUGUGAAGCGCAGUGUACAGGGUAAACUGAACAGUGCUACUCAGAAACAGACGGAGUCCUAUCUCAGACCCCUUUUCAGAAAGCUACGGAAAAGGAAUCUUCCUGCUGAUAUUAAAGAAUCCAUAACAGAUAUCAUUAAAUUCAUGUUGCAGAGGGAAUAUGUGAAGGCUAAUGACGCUUAUCUUCAGAUGGCCAUUGGAAAUGCCCCUUGGCCCAUUGGUGUCACUAUGGUGGGCAUCCAUGCCAGAACUGGUAGGGAAAAGAUUUUUUCCAAGCACGUGGCACAUGUUUUAAAUGAUGAGACGCAGCGGAAAUAUAUUCAGGGAUUGAAGAGGUUAAUGACCAUUUGCCAGAAGCACUUUCCUACAGAUCCAUCGAAAUGUGUGGAGUACAAUGCGCUAUGAGAUCUGUGUGCGGCCUGUGGAUAUCACAAGAAACUUAAGCCUGGCGUGGACUUGUGGAAUUGCCAACAGGCACGAGGGAAGAAGAAAAAGGAAUUUCUGGUCUCUGAGUUCUGCCUAAUGCAACUCUUGGUUUUAAGAACUGUGUUGGCUCUCAUGUCACAUCUGACUGCCAAGUGAUUUUUGUGUCUUGCUUUUAUUUUAAAUAGUCGAAAAAUUAAGUUCUAAAGACUUUUCCUCAUAAGUUAAAUGUGUAGACAACAGUCACGGGACAGGGUUUAAAAUAACUUUUCCCCUCUAGAGCUGGAAGUUGCAGUUAGAGGAUUAAAAAGGAACAUUUGAGGAUGGACUUAAUUAUUUCUGUAAAAUGUGGUAAUUUUCACAUUGCCUCUUAUGAAGUGUUUAUAGAAAAAUAUUUUUAUAUUUUCAACAAAAACAUGGAACCAUUUAAUGAAACUUGAUAGUGCUUAAAUGUUGCUGAACUUUUGCCAUCUUGCAAUAGAUUUGAAUGUA